AUGCAAAAGUUCGUGCAGCAGGCCUUCGACGUGAUCGUGAUCGGCGGGGGGCACGCGGGGUGCGAGGCAGCCAGCGCGGCCUGCAGGCUGGGGGCACGCACCCUCUUGCUGACCCAGCGCUGGGACACUGUCGGCGAACUGUCUUGCAACGUCAUAUACUGACAACCUUCUGUCGGGGGGAUCGGCAAGGGUCAGCUCGUCAGGGAAAUUGAUGCCAUGGGCGGACUGAUCGGCAGAGUGGCAGACCUGUCCGCGCUCAAUUUCCGGGCGCUGAACACUUCCAAAGGGGCGGCGGUACUGGGGCUGCGUGCUCAAAUGGACAGGGACGUGUACAAGUCGACCAUGCAGAGCCUCCUCUCGGGACAUGAGGGGCUGCACUUGCUGUAGGACAGUGUGGAGGACAUCAUUUCCCAGGGCGAAACUUUCGAGGCAGUCAAAACAAAGGCAGGAGUGCUCAUCCCCGCAAAGGUGUGCGUGUUGACUACCGGCACAUUCUUGUCCGGCAGGAUCCACGUCGGCAGAGAGAGCUAUCCAGCAGGCAGGCACAUCCGCGACAGCAAGGAGGUGGAGCCUCCUUGCUCGACCCUAGCAGCUACACUGAAAAAUCGGGGCUUCCUCAUUGGCCGGCUGACUACGGCCACUCCCCCGCGCCUGCACGCGGACUCGAUCAACUGGGAUCAGCUGCAGCCUCAGCAGCCCGACCGCGAGCCCUUCUUUUUCAGCCACUUGCACGAGUGGCGGGGGUUGCAGAACAGACUCCCAGAGAGGCUGUGCUACUUGACUGAGACCAACGAGCGGACAGAAGAAAUCGUGCUCAGGGGUAGGAGCUAGCUGCCGACCUUCGAAGUGAACGACGGGCGGGGUAAGGGGCCGCGCUACUGUCCCUCCAUUGAGAAGAAGGUCAUCAGGUUUCCGAAGAGGCAGCACAAUGUCUGGCUGGAGCCAGAGGCCAUCGAGUCGAAGGUGAUUUACCCAAACGGGAUCAGCACGGCCCUGCCUGAGCGCAUCCAGCUGGAGAUGGUCAGGUCGAUCAAGGGGCUGGAGCAGGCGCAGAUGCUGCAGCGGGGCUACUCCGUGGAAUACGAUUUCUGCAGUCCCAAGCAGCUAACUCGGGGAUUGGAGAGCAUGCUUAUCAAGGGGCUGUUUCUCGCCGGACAGAUUAACGGGUCAACCGGCUAUGAAGAGGCGGCGGCGCAGGGGCUGGUGGCGGGGGUGUCGGCCGGGUGCACGGCCCUGCAGAAGGAGCCUCCUGUCUUCUAGCGCACCUCCUCCUUCCUGGGCGUACUGGUCGAUGAUCUGAUACACUUCGGGGACCUAUAACCCUAUCGCAUCCUCAGCUCGCGGAGCGAGUACCGGCUCGAGCUGAGGCCAGAUAACGCGGACGCGAGGCUGACCCACACUGCUCUCCGGCUCGGGAUGCUCAGCCCGGAGCUGCAGCAGACCUACACCCAAAAGCGCCAGGAGAUGCUCAAAGCUGAGUCAAUUCUCAAGGGACGGGCCAAAUCUGUUGCGCACUGGCAGCAAAUAAUCAGAGAGCGGCACCCCGAAAUCAAGCUCGAGACCAGCAGCGGGAAACUCAUGACUGCCUGGGACAUGUGCACGCACUACCGACUGCCGGUCUCGACGUUCCUGCCGAGCCCGCUGCCCAGGCCUGCCGAAUACGCCCUGAACGUUAAGUGCCAGUACGCCACCUACUCCGAGAAGAUAAAGAACGAGAUCGCCCGCGUGCAUGAGGAGGGGGCGCAAGUCGAGCUGCCGAGAGGACUGAUCGAGGGGCUCAAGGGCAGGGUGAGUCAGGAGGAGUGGGAGCGGCUGUGCGAAGCCAUGCCACGAACCGUAUCGGCAGCAUAG